AUGGAAAAGCAAGGAGCACGAAGACGUCGGGUGGUGCUUGUUCUACCUCCAUUCCAGGGGCACAUAACUCCUAUGCUUCAGCUAGGUGCUAUCCUUCACUCCAAGGGCUUCACCAUCACAGUCGCGCACGCUGAAUUCAACGCCCCUGAUUCUUCCAAACAUCCGGAAUUCUUCUUCCUACCGCUCCCGGCCAACUUAUCAGACUAUGAUAACUCCUUCUGGAAUCUAUUAGAAGUAAUCACAGCUAUUAAUGUCCACUGCAAAGCGCCACUACAGAGAUACUUGGUUCAAAUGAUGGAAAAACCGGAGCCACAAGAUCAAGUCUGCUGCAUCAUCUAUGAUACAAUCAUGUACUUCACAGAUGCAGUGGCUAACCAUCUGAAGCUUCCAAGUAUUGUCUUAUGCACUACCUGUGCUUCCAAUAUACUAGCUUGGCAUGCCAAUCCUCGGCUUCAAGCAGAAGGUUACAUUCCCUUGCAAGAGUCUUUGUCGAAUGAGCUAGUGCCCGAGCUUCAUCCCCUCAGGUUCAAGGAUCUGCCCCUUGAUGCAUCCUCAGAAGUUGUGAUGCAGUUCACUGCAGAUUUAUGCAAUAUAAGAUCUUCUGCAGCCGUUGUCUGGAACACCAUCGAAUUCCUUGAGCAUUCAGUACUUUCACAGCUCCAACAACAAUACCAAAUUCCAAUCUUCUCAAUAGGCCCUCUACACAAAAUAACUCCAGCUUCAACCACUAGCUUACUAAAGGAGGACACCAAUUGCCUUGCAUGGCUUGACAAGCAAGUUCUUAACUCAGUCAUAUAUGUGAGCAUGGGCAGCUUAGCAAUCAUGGAUUACAAAGAACUAGUUGAGACAGCUUGGGGACUGGCAAACAGUGACCAGCCCUUCUUGUGGGUUGUGCGGCCAGGCUUGGUUAAGGGCUCAGAUCAAUGGGUUGAGCUCUUCCCCAAAGGUUUCAAAGAAAUAGUCGGAAAAAGAGGUCAAAUAGUAACAUGGGCACCUCAGAAGGAGGUGCUCGCGCAUGAUGCAGUGGGAGGGUUUUGGAGCCACUGCGGGUGGAAUUCUACCUUAGAAAGUAUAUGUGAAGGGGUUCCAAUGAUAUGCAGGCCAUCUUUUGCAGACCAAAAGGUGAAUGCUAGGUACCUCACUCAUAUCUGGAGGGUUGGCCUUGAAAUAGAGGAUGUAAUGGACAGCGGAGGAAUUGAGAGAGCUAUAAGGAGACUUAUGGUGGAGAAAGAAGGUGAAGAAAUGAGGCAAAGAGCAAUUGAUAUGGGCCAACAAAUCAAAAGUUGUGUGCAAAAAGGUGGUUCGUCAUACAAUACCUUGAAUGACUUAGAAGAGUUCAUCUUGUCACAGUCAUCCUGA